GCCAAACUCCAGUUAAUUCUUUAUCUUUGAAUACAUUGUCUCCAAACAAAUUCAAACUCCACACCCCUACACUACGUAAUCAUCUGGAGCAGUUCAGAAUCAAUAAUUAUAUAAUAAUAUGACAAAAACAUAAGAAAUGUAAUAAAAUACAUCACACUCACCACUUAGUCAUAAGCACUGGUCUGGAAGACUUCCACUAGAAGUAGCGAACAAAACCUUUCCCAGGCUGACUUAUAUAUAAAAUAUAUUCAAGAUUCAAGACUUUUAUUAUCAUAUGCACAGUAAAACAGGUAGUUCUGCUAUGCAAUGAAAUUCUUGUUCUGUUCAUUCUCCCAGCAGAAAGAAAGAAAGAGAAACACAAGAAAAUGAAUAAGAACAGAAGAAACAUUAAUAACAAUAAAUUAAGCAACAACAACAGAAGAGACAUUAGCUUUUCCAAAAUGGGGACUUGGAAGAGCCUUCAAAGCACCUUUCAUCUUGCUGUAGACUUGGUACAGGAUGCUAUUUGCCCUUGUGGGAAAGCCUACAUGCUGGUAACAUUCGGGGAGAACAGUCUCGAGGCUCUGUAUCCACAAGACGCCGAAGUCCGAUCUCCCCGGCAAGUAGCAAAUGUCCCCAACCGGACCGCCGAGUCCGGUAAAUCCUCCGUCCAGCCAGGCCUUCGCGAACACACAGCACUCUCCAAUCUCAUGUAGCUGCAAUCCUUGCUCUCAGCUUGUCCAUCCUGUCUUCGAGAGAGCGAACGCUGGCCAGCAGCAGGCUCGGCAGCGGUGGCCCAGUCGCUACAGCCUUUAGCCUAGCACACAGGCCGCCCCUCCUGCCUCGCCUCCGCCCCGGACGCUCCUUGCCAUUUAGCUCACGAGGCCCGCAGGCUGCUGCGUCCUCCCGACGCAGAAGAAAACCAGUCCGAGAGGCUGAACGAAAGCUCAUGGUGAACCCCGCCGAUGUUCAAAAGUUGUCUCUAUGCCGCAAUGCAACGCAGCACAUUGAAUGUCCAACAUGAACAACAAAAUAGCAAAAAAAUAGAAAAAAAAUGGGAGAGUGAAACAGAGAAGUAUAUAGGUUCAUAAAUACACAGGACUUAAUGGAAAAUGUCCUUUGUGCCAAUAGUUGGUAAUCACAUGAGGCGUGGAUGUUGAGAGUGGCGUGGGAACUUUGUCUCAUCCAUGGGAAGGAUGUAAAUUUUGGGACACAUCAUCAGUAGUGUACCUUUGAACCAGUGGGUGUUUCGGCUUUUCAACACUAGACACCCUCAUCAAAGGCGGCCAACUACAGGGUGAAAUGAACAUAAUAGGCUGUUGGGAAUAAAUUAAUACAAGAAAGAAAGAAGUUGUAAAUGUCCGUCAGAGCUUCUGAUAGUGGUGAGGCCAGCAGAAAAUGCUCUUUGUUUCACUUGCAACCAAUGUUGUAAUUCAAGCUGGUUGAGAACAACAAUGAAAACAUUAUUAAAACAUCCCCUAUUAUGCAAAAUGAUGUUCUACCAUUAAAAUGUGUGCCUAGAGCCUAAUGAGCACCAAACAUGAGAAAAAUCUAUCAUCCUCCUCACUUGUUUACUCCAUCCCACCCAAACAAAAGGUGCUCAAAGUUUAUGGGUUUUCAAGUUAUGAAGGAAAACCUCCUUCCUCAUCGACAUGAUACCACCUUUGACUGCAAGCUAGAUGUGUACACCCAAAAAAGGGCAUUGCUACACAUCAUAAAGUAAAGUUCGGAGCUCUGCCAACUGUCAGUCAGCUACAAAUGUGGGAGUUGUAAGAUUGAUAAUUUUGUUUUUAUUCAGCAAAUAGGCUAACCUGGCAUGAUGUUGCUGUUAAAACGUGAGUCUAUCGUUAGCACUGUAGCACACAUUCAGUAGCUGUGUUAUUCUUGCUAACAUUUGUGUCCUCCUGUCCCACUCCUUAAUGUUAUGUUGUUGUAUGUGAUCUACGGCAUCUAUUACAUAAGACAAGUGCAGCGUUACAAUGUACGUUUAAAAAGUGGAUAAAAGUAGUGCACAACAGUACUUAUCGGAGCCACACACUCUGUCAGAGACAGGGUGGACAAACACAGCUCAUUAGCAUUAAAGCUACAGGCACACAAAACAGCUUGGUCCUAGUAGGGCUUACUAAAAGCACUUUUAAACUGUCAAGGCUGGGUUUUGACCAACACAUUUCCAAUACACUAUUGUGGGACCUCUGAGACUUUUUUAAAUUGUUGAAAAAUGCUAUAAUUUGGAACCUUAAAUUGUUUCCACGGGCCAAGAUACAUCUGGUUGCAGGCUGUAUUUUGUGUGGAGGAUGCCCCUGAUUGGCCCGUGAACCAGAUGUUGACCCCCAAUAUAAAGACUACCUAUGGUCCAACAUUUCCCAUUCCUCAGCACUGCCAGGCUGGGAAACAAUCCGGAUGUUUUCCCAAAUAAGGACUUCCUGGCUGGUGCAUGGGUGUAUGAGUGAUGGUCAAGGACAGGUGUGACAUGACUCCAGAGGAAACCAGAGAACGAACUGCAAGUCGCUCUUCUUGUAGUUGCACUGUCACUUUUGAUAUAAAUAGCUUUACGGAAAGCUGCGUAGGGCCCAGUCACAACAGAGGGGCGGUAUCACUUUAAAGUCUGUGUACAUAAAGCAUAGUGACUGCUGCAGCACUGCAGGGACCCACUGGAUGCUGGAGAUCUUAGUUUACUCUGUUACGCAACAAGCCCAUUCAGACAUGGGGAUUCACGGUUCCAAGCCUCGGAAGCAAGCACAGGUCCUGAUGCUGGGCCUGGAUGAAUCAGGGAAAAGCACCCUCCUCUACAAGCUCAAAUACAAUGAGAGUGUGGUGACCGUGCCCACUGUGGGCUUCAAUGUGGAGACACUGGAGACAGACAGGAGCAGCCCCAGUCUAACCGUCUGGGACGUGGGUGGUCAGAGGAAGAUGAGGCCUCACUGGAAGUAUCACUAUGCAGACACAGCCGGACUGGUCUUUGUGGUGGACAGUGCGGACCACAAGAGGUUGGAUGAGGCCCGCAAGGAACUGCAUCGGGUCCUGAAGUAUGAGAGCCUGAGAGGAGUACCUCUGGUCGUACUCGCCAACAAACAGGAUCUUCACAGAGCUCUAAGCCCCGAGGUGGUCUGCCAGAGACUGGACCUGAGGCAGGCAUGUGAGGGCAGCAGGGCCUGGUUCGUCCAGCCCUGCUCGGGCAUCACAGGCACAGGGCUAGAGCAAGGUUUCAGGAGGAUAGUUUAUCUGAUGAAGACCCCAUUGAGACAGACACAGGAGGACAUACAGGUCAAGAUGAAGUCAAAGGGCUUCGGUAUUGCUGCCUUGAUCUGUGGCUGAUGGCUCUUGGAGAUGUAGAUCUAAGGAUUCAUUCAGUCAUACUUUGUGUUCAAUUCACUUCUGCCUUCCUGAGCUGUACGCUCAAUUAAAAAGGGCCAACAUGGAUCAUCUUGACAUGGUGGUUUCACCACACUAAAGAGAAAGUGUCUUUGGGUCAGCCCAAAUAAGACUUGGUGGUGUUUUUUUCGUUUCAACAUUCCUCGGUGUUAACUUUGUGUAACAUUCACGUCUUGGAUUUGAUUAGAGUGAAGUGCAUUGACUGUAUUUGGAAUCAUUGUACA